AUGCAUUUCAAAUCUUACGUCGCAGCUGCCGUCUAUGGGCUACCUGCCCUGGCAAACGCCAUUCCGCAUGCCACCGCGAGCGAGAGCUCAAGCAGCGCUACUCCAACUGGAGUAGACGCUGCUCACUUCAAGGAGUACACCAUUGAAGCAGAAAACAUCACCGUGACCAUCAUUCCUUACGGAGCGCGUUUGACUUCUGUCUUGGUUCCAGACCGCGACGGCAACGUGCAGGAUGUUUUGGUCGGUUACGAUAACCCUCUCGAGUACCUACACGACAGCGAGACUAACCACACCUAUUUCGGUGCCGUCGUCGGCCGUUAUGCCAACCGUAUCAAGAAUGGUACUUUCACCAUUGACAACAGCACAUACCACAUUCCCGAGAAUGAACACGGUGGUCUGGACACCCUUCACGGAGGCUUCGUUGGCUACGAUCAGCGGAAUUGGACACUUACUGCCCAGGAUACCUCCUCCAUCACCUUCACUCUCUUUGAUGAAGCCUACCAGGGUUUCCCUGGUGAUGUGAUCUCACACGCUCAGUUCAGUGUCUCCACCGAGAAGUCACCGGAGAACCCCAAGGGCUUGCCUCAGCUCACCACCAAGCUCGUGUCAUUGGCUCUCACCAAGAAGACCCCCAUCAUGCUUGCCAACCACCUUUACUGGAACCUGAACGCAUUCAAGGAUGAGACAAUCCUUGACAACACCUACUUGCAGAUGCCUCUCUCGGGCCGCUUCAUUGGAGCCGACUCUCUUGAAGUCCCCACUGGCGAAAUCCUUGAUGUUGACACUGCCUAUGAGGGUGCCCUGAACUUCCUGGAGCCCAAGCUUAUCGGUCAGGAUAUCAACAAGACCGAGGAACUCUGCGGUACUGGCUGCACUGGCUAUGAUACUUGCUGGAUCAUCGACCGCCCAUCUUCCUGGGGUGCUGACGACGCGAUGGUCUCCUCAAUAUCUCUGGCCUCCGACACCACCGGUAUCAGUCUGGAUGUCGCCACCAAUCAGGCCGCUCUGCAGAUCUACACUUGCAACGGCCAAAACGGCACCAUUCCAACCAAGGCUUCGCAAGCUAAGCGUAACCUGGAGCAGGAUGGAAGCGCCGGAGCUGGUUACGUCAACAAGUACGGCUGCAUUGUCAUUGAGACCGAGGACUGGAUCGACGGUAUCAACCAGCCCCAGUGGGGCCGUGACGAGUACCAGAUCUUUGGCCCUGAUGAUGCUCCUGCUGUCAACUGGGCUACUUACCAGUUCGGCACUUACUAA